AUGUCUCCAACGAUAAACCGCAAGAGGUCAUCCAAAUCCACCCAUUCGGUGUCAUCAACAAAUUCCCAAACCACGCUUACAGCCCCCCUGCCUUCAAUACCAACUGCUAUAACACCUCCUCGUGCCCCUUCGACGCCACGAUUAACAUCAUCCCCUAUAGCCACGCCUAGCUCGCCUCGAAACCCUUCCGUACGUGAUCCCAAGUACAUCAAAGUUGUCCUUAAACGUAUUAAAAAACUUGAGGUGGUUCACUCCAAAUUUGCUACCAAAAGCAACUACGUCACCAAAACUAACAUCCUAAGAAAGACCCUUCUACCAUUUCUCCGUGCAUCCAAUUCGCUUGAACUUCUGGAAAAUUGUGACAUUCAAGUCCAGCGCUCACUUGCAAGCGUAUUAACUUCUAUUUUGCUUAGAUGGUGGUCAUCACUUCUCGGCUCGGUAGCACUUACUUCUCUGGUUACAAGCACCGAUCGAAACGCUUACCUCGAGGGUAUCUCUCGCAUAAUAUCUCGUUCAGAAUGGUUUUCGUCUGAUAAAGAUACCCUUCGUCAAUAUCGCCAACUCUUGGUUUCCACUUUGGAUUAUGUCAUUUCUCGUCUCCUGUCUCUCAAGGUGACACUGCUUGCCUUUCUGGCGUUUGCAGGUAAGGUUUUUGCUUAUGGUUUCUUCCACAUUCCCAAGGUUAGCAAUGCCCUUUUGUUCCUAUUAAACGUUCGGGUUUCAGUUUUAAAACGUUCCGAAGCGAAUGUAACCUCAAAAAAUGAGUCAAGGCUAUUGUUUCCUGUUCCAGUGCAAGCUUGGGUUAAUUUUUCUGGUAUAAACGUGCCAAAGAAUCGUCAUCACCUUAAUUGCAUGCCUCCACCACAGCAUCCCGUCGAUGGUAUAAAAGACCCCAAUGGAACCUGGGUACACCGAUGGUGCUCUAGUGACUCAGACAUAUUCAACUCUUUUCUACGUCACUAUUUAAAUGUUUGUCUGCAUUAUGUUGAUGAGGAUUUUGAUCCGCCUUCACUCCCGGGCUUCCAGAUAAUUUUAGGGCACAUUUUCCAAAUUUUCGAAACAAGUAUCAAUCGCAUGGCAAUUGCAAAUUCCGAACGUCCAACGGACAGACCAACUAAUAUGAGUCGUGGUCCUGCAAAAUCGAAUUUGGCAUCGCCUAUCCUAAAAAUUCUCAAGACCUUCCGUGAUUUGACGUUUUCUGACAUCUCGUUUCGAUAUGCGUUAUGCAGAAAAGUGGACGGUCUUCUUGUUGCCAUUGCUAGAACAAGCAGCAUUUACGACUACCACAAGAAUGGUGUGAUCUUGAAUGUAGCCCAUGAAAUUGUCCAUCAAGUAGGUCAAGACAUUAAUUGGGAGUUUUGGCUUGGAUGUAUUUACAUGAUGUUACAGAAUACUGAUCAUGUACAAACGUUGCUUAAAUGCCUCUCGUUUCUUUUCAAUGUUUGGGAUAGAAUACCAGAAACACUUCCUACUUGUGAAGAUACUUCAGCACCUCAUCUUAAGUGGCUUCAAGAUUUGAAUGAGAGUUUCAAGGUAAAUUUUGUCAAUUGGUUGAUAUCUAAUCAAUGUUGGGAGCGAUUCUUCACCCAUUGGAAUGGACUUGUUAGCUCUUAUUUCAUCAGGCUCUUGGUUUGGCGUGUCAUUGGCAUCAACAAUUUCGAGUCUUCAAUUGCCAUACAAACCACCAAGAAGGUUGAAUCUCGGGUUCGUAAAGCUCACGAGAUGUUACUUGCUCAUGAUAAUGAGUGUGACUAUUACAAACCAGACAGUCCAUUGGGUAGCAGAAAGUUGGGUAUUGUGCCCGUCAAUGCCAAGGACGAGUUUUACUUGGCAGGUGACGUUUCAACAGCGCCAGUUAUUUCAACCCCAAGUGAGAUUCGCAAAACUCAUCCAUACGAAAUCUUUGAUGAGGCGGUUUAUUCAUGCUCUUCCUUACCUGUUACUCCAGCUCUGGUCAUCGAUAGAAGUACGUCAAGCCCCGAUAUCAAAGACAAGAGCUCUUUGGUUACCUCUAUUGGCAAACUUUUCAAGAUGUUGUCCAUGGAAGAGCCCAAGAAACCUCCUCAACUUCGCAACAAUAGGAACUCGGUAUCAUUGACAUCCCUAUCAACUUCAUAUUCCACAAUGUCACAGUCGUCAAGUCCGUCUGUCAUGUCCUACAAAUCUACUCCCACUUCCAAUACCGACAACUCCACUGAGGAUUCGGAUAUCAGCAGCAUUUCCACGGAACUGUGGAGCCCCAACGAUGAACAAACGCAGCCGCCUGAGCUUUUCAAUAAGGUUCCUGAGGUUGUACGGCCAGUCCUCAAAUUUGAACUCAUUGUUGAUCAUGAUUCCCUUAGUAACAGGUUUUCGAUCAUGAAAAUGCAAGCACCAAGAGUUCCUUUUAGUCGUUGUGUACCUGAUGUGCCUGAAAUACCUACCAUAUCCAUAUUCGUUCGAGAUGAUCCCUACGAUAAGUUAUAUUUGAGUCAAGAGAAUGACUUGAUGAUACUGAAUGAUUUUGGAGGUAUAGAACAAUCUCUGGUGUAUGAGAAUUUGAGUCCAAAUGAUAGGGCCAAAUGGGAGAAGCUCGGUAAACGAUUAAACGAAUGGAAUCUGGUGGUCGAGGAGUUUGAAAAGUACAUGAUUCAUCGAGUCGAAACGGAUCAACUCAACAGCAAGAUCAAUGCACCAUUGAUGGGAGCUUGGAGCACGGGAGAUAUCAACGAGACAGACUACUUCAAAAAGAUUGUGCCAUUCUUGCUGGUAGAAGAAGCGAACGAUUUAAAGAUGAAUGGAGGCUGA